CCCGCCGCGAUCGCUAUGAAUGCGCGCCGGGCCCUGCUCUCCGCCGCCUUGCUCGCCGGCCUCCUCUGGGAUUUACCUUGCUGCCGCCCGGCCUCCCUCCCCGCCGCCGCAGAGCUGGCCAAGGGCGGGCGGGGCCGCAGGGCUCCGCGAUACCCCCGGGAGAGCCGGCCGCGGCAGGGGGCACAGCCCGGGGGCCGGACGCCCCCGCGGGCGGAGCCCCACGAGUACAUGCUGUCCCUCUUCAGGACCUACUCCGUCGCCGAGAAACUGGGUAUCAACGCCAGCUUCUUCCAGUCCUCCAAGUCGGCCAACACCAUCACGAGUUUCGUAGACAGGGGACAAGACGAUCUCUCUCCCGCUCCACUCAGGCGGCAGAAGUACUUCUUUGACGUCUCCACGCUCUCGGACAAGGAGGAGCUGGUGGGAGCCGAGCUGCGGCUCUUCCGCCGCCCCCCCGCCGGCCGCCCGCCGCCCGCCGCAGCCGCCCCUCUGCUGCAGCUCUUCCCGUGCCUCUCCCCGCGCCCGCUACACUCUCGCAGCAUGGACCCACGGGCGGCGGCGGCGGCGGGCUGGGAGGUGUUCGACGUGCGGCAGGGCCUGCGGGCGGGCCGGCCUUGGAAGCGGCUGUGCCUGGAGCUGCGCGCCUCGGCCGCCCGCGGGCCGCCGCCCCGCCGCUGGCUGGACCUGCGGGGCCUGGGCUUCGGGCGGCGGCCGCGGGCCCCGCAGGAGCGGGCGCUGCUGGUGGUGUUCACGCGGGCGCGGCGGCGCAGCCUGCUCGGGGAGCUGCGGGCCGAGCUGGGCGCGCCCCCGCCCGCCGCCCGCCGCCCGCCCGCCCGGCGCCAGCGCCGCACCGCCUUCGCCAGCCGGCACGGCAAGAGGCACGGCAAGAAGGCGCGGCUGCGCUGCAGCAGGAAGCCGCUGCACGUCAACUUCAAGGAGCUGGGCUGGGACGACUGGAUCAUCGCCCCGCUGGAGUACGAGGCCUACCACUGCGAGGGCGUGUGCGACUUCCCGCUGCGCUCCCACCUGGAGCCCACCAACCACGCCAUCAUCCAGACCCUCAUGAACUCCAUGGACCCCGGCUCCACGCCGCCCAGUUGCUGCGUGCCCACAAAGCUGACCCCCAUCAGCAUCCUCUACAUCGACGCGGGCAACAACGUGGUGUACAAGCAGUACGAGGACAUGGUGGUGGAGUCGUGCGGCUGCAGGUAGCGGGCGGCCGCCCCUCGGCGGGGGCUGCGCGUUGGCGGAGCCGCUCCGGCGGCGGAGGGAGACCGGGAGCGUCCCGGGGCGGAGAGCGGCGGAUGGGGAAGGGCCGGCGGGCGUCCGUCGAGCCGCAACCCCGCCCUGGGGCUCUCAGCGUUCCGGCCGCCCUUCCGACGGGGGGAGAUACGGCCAGAAACGGGCGGGGAGGGAGAGGGGCAGAGCGAAGGGCUGCUCCGUGCCUGCCCGCUCUCUUUCGCAUUCCUGCGGGGUGACGGGCCUGGAACAGCCCGCCCACUCCAUAAAAAGGAAAAAGAAAAAAAAAAAAAGAAAAAAAAAAAGAAAGAACUGCCCGAGAUUGUGAUUACCGGAUAGGUGACAUUUUAAGGCAGCGACGAAAAGCUGUGAUGAGAACGAGGCGUGACGGACAGCGCGACGGGGUGAGCGGGGAAGGAGACGAAACGCCGUCGGAUGUGGCGGCUCCGGCAAAGGAACGCGCCGAUCCCUGCGCUGCCACCGCGGGCUCGGUGCUUUCGGGCAUCGCUGUGGGCGGCUGUGGGGCCGCAGAGCUGCGAACCGGGAUGGGGGGAAAGGGGGUGGAAGGAAGGGGAAUCAAUCAAACAAACAAACAAACAAAAACCUAACAAAAAAAGAGAGAAGAGAAUAAUAAUAUAAAGUGAUAAAAAUGCAACUUAAAAAGACUCGACCGGGAGCAAUAAUUUAAAAUGCACAUUUUGCUCGGGAUGCACCGUUGUUCAUAUAAAAGUUGUAAAUAUUUGUUUAUUUAAUCGGACUGGAAAGUGCAAAGCAGAGAUGAACAGCGUGCAUUUCUUGUUGUUAUUGUACAAAACAUUAUAUGCACUCGAAAUGUUAUAAUGUCUAAUAUUUGGAAAAGUUUAUAUUUGAGUUGUACAGAAUUAAGCAUUAAUCAGAUAUUUCCUCCUUACCUAACAUUAUCGCCUCCUUAAAAUAUUAUUGCAAAAUUUAAAUUCUGUGCUAAUAACGGAGAAAGGAAUUUUUUUACUGUCUACCUCACUAUAAUGCAAGUAUUUACGACGCUCAAAUUACCCGAGGUGAAUUCAUACUCAGAACUUUUAUUUUUUUUUUUUUUUACCAUACACCUUUACCGGACGGUACUCCAACUAUUACUGUAUUAUUAAACUUUUUUUUUGUGGCAAAAAAUCAGCUUGCUUUUAUAUGUUCCAUUCUUCUGUUCAGCAGCUCUAAGCUCCCAACGUGGGCUGAAUGCUGCAGAGCUGAGCUGAAGUGCCGCUGUCAGACCGACCUUCUCCCCUCCCCCCCCGCCCCGGAGCCCUGAAGCCGUUCUCCCGAUGCGAGGACUUUUUGUACUCUCACUUUCACCUUUGCUGUGUGGCAAAUGGCUGAGAAACGCAAAGGAGCCGCGCUUUGAUUCCAUUGAACGUGGUGAUUCGUGGUGCUUUCACUGGGCGAAUGCUUGGGGUGGGGUGAUGCGGGCGGCCGUUUGUAAAUCUCAUCUGUACCGGGCACGUGUACAUGCACUGUAUUAUGCUGAUGAGCGAAAGAUAACGGAUGUUUUAUAAAUGAUAUUUAUUUUUGUUGCGAUGGGUAAUGUAUUUAUUAAACCUUUCCUGGUUGUGUCUCA